AUACACAUUGAUGAAACGAAACAAAAACAUUUCUUGCAAUAUUGUUUUUUGACAGAAUUAUAUUUUCCCUGAUCUGCUGCUGAUCAGCCGAAAUGAUGUCGAACAGCUGAUUUCUACCUGUGUGUUGAAGGAGGCGGGGGAAGGGGGAAGAUUUUCACCGGCGGCCGGUGGAAUUUUGUGACCAGCUGCGUGCGCGUGUGCUACAUAUUACAGAGUGCUAUACAAAUUAUUUCGAUAAAACGUAUAAGAAACGAUUUCUACUAAUAGUGAUCCACAAUCAACGAGACAAGUGAAUUAUGAAGUUUAUCUAGAAUGUAUAAGACGAUGUCAUCUGACGCUGUCUUUGUACAGUACUCAACUCAACAAUUACAGCGAUACUAAAAGUGUUUCGAAUGUAGAUCAUAAGUUUUUAAAAGAUUCACUUUUUCUUGUUAUCUUUUUCAUGGAUGUUCAUCAAAUAAGAUUUUACUAAAUUUAAAUUCAUCCAAGUUGCAUUUUUUUUUUUUUUAUUGCAAGAAUGGAAGGUCAAAACGACUAUUUUUCGUGAAAAAUUCAUCACAUCCGUUGAAAAGACAGUUCAUUGAAAGAUUUCGUUUCAAUAUACAGACAAACAUCCUUCAAUAGUUCAUCAAUUUGAAAAAACUGGAAACAGACUAAGUACACGCUAUAGCUGUACAUGAAAAAAAAGUCGAUCAUCACAACAUCGCCUAACCUACAAAAGCAUGGUAAACGUGCAAUCAAUCUGAAACAGGAAUUCUUUGACUCGACUAUUUAUUUAAUAUUUUUGGCAUGAUGUUAUCUUUGGGAAAAAUCUUAUCUCAAACGAGGCUCUAUUCACCGAAAUGUAUUUGCAACAAAAAAAUCAUCAAAUGUGUACCUGAUAUUUUGAAUCAAGCUGUAGAUCGUAAUCAUAGUGAUUUUGUACCACAAGAUUUAUUAUUCGAUGAGAAAGACAAAGAAAAGUACUGCAUAGAGCCAGAACUGAUAGAGCUAUCAAAGGAAAUCAUUCAUAACGAUCAUUUGGCGCAAAAAACCUUAUUAUUUAAUCGCACGAAAAAUGCUAUGAUAUUAAAGCGAUUAAAAAGUAAAGCUACUGCCAUAAAAGAGAAAGAACAAAUGUACAGUAAACCUGAGAUUCUGGCUGUAAAGUACUUGAGAGAAUUCAAAGAUAAUUCGUUGAAAAGCAUAAAAGGAGACAAAUCAUCUGAAGAUGAAGAUUUGUUAGAAUUCAAUGAACUUCCAGGAUACGAGAAGUCGAACCGAACACCCAGGCCAAUACACAUGCCAUAUGCAUCAACAGAUAGCUAUGAAAAAGUAGACACUAAUUCAUCUCAAGAAAACACAAAAAUUCCUGAAUUAAACCAAGACUAUAUUGAUCUAUAUGAAAAAUACUUGAAGGAUAAAAGUACCGGGGGGACAAGCUCCGAGCCAAUGAUUUUUGAAAGUGAAAAUUUAUCACACGAAUCUGAAAAAUAUAAGCCCUCUGAUAGUAUGGCAAAUGUUCCACCCGAUUGGAUGACCCACUAUGAACAGUUCAACGAUUUAGAAGAGAACGAUUCAUCAACAUUCUACGGCACUCCCAAUAAAAGUAUCCCUGUUAGUUCAAUUCCCUGCGGUGGUUGCGGCGCUCUUUUGCAUUGUCAAGAUUCAGCUUUGCCCGGUUACCUCCCUUCUGAAUUAUUCAUUAAUCAAGAGAACAGCAUUUUGCGCAACAGUCACUGUCAGCGUUGUCACUUCAUGAAAUAUUACAAAACAACCUUGGAUGUUACUGUAGCCCCAAACGAUUACGCUAAUGUUAUCGGUCAAAUAAAAUUUAAAAAGGCUGCCAUCAUACUUAUGGUUGAUCUCACUGAUUUUCCAUGCAGUAUUUGGCCUGGCAUCAAAGACAUUAUUGAAAAACAAACCCACAUCUUUCUUGUUGGGAAUAAAGUUGAUUUAUUGCCCAAUGAUGGACCAAAGUUUCUUGAAAAUGUUAAAGAAUCUUUGGUCAAAGCCGUUACCGAUAUGGGCAUUAAUAAAGCAAAUAUAAAAGAUGUUAGUCUUAUAUCAGCCAGCACUGGAUAUGGAAUCGAGAACCUCAUUAACAAACUGCACAAGAUUUGGGAUUACAAAGGUGACGUUUAUUUGAUUGGAUGCACAAACGUUGGUAAAUCAUCAUUAUUUAAUGCUCUGCUCAGAUCAGAUUACUGCAAAGUACAGGCGAGUGAUCUCAUACAAAGAGCAACGAUAUCGCCAUGGCCAGGAACUACUCUAAAUCUAUUGAAAUUUCCAAUUUUAAACCCCGUACGUCGCCGUCUUUGGAUGCGAACACAGAGAUUAAGAGCCCAACGAGAAGAGACACAAGAUUUAAUGAAAUACAGGAUGGACAAAUUCAAGGAAACGAAAAAAAUCAAAUACGCAUCUCUGCAAGGGCAGAUCGGCAAAACCUUUACUGAAAAAUUACAAGUUGAGGGUGACGGUUAUAUUAGUCAAGUGAUGCCACAAGGCUUGGAUGAAACAGGACGAUUUGGACUGGACGAAAAUGACAAAAUUUAUAAAUAUAGUCGAUGGUGCUACGAUACACCUGGUGCUAUACUUUCUGACCAAAUUCUGCAUCUACUGACAACGCCAGAAUUGGUACAGAUGCUACCACAUAGCAUAAUAUCACCGAGAUCUUACGUUCUAUAUAAUGAGCAAUCCUUGUUUCUGGCUGGCCUCGGGAGACUGGAUUUCAUCAGUGGUCGCCACUUUAUCAUAUGCACUGUUUUCGCGGCUCAUGCGUUACCGGUAACUAUCUGCGAAACUGAUAAUGCUGAUCAACUCUACAAAAAAUUACUCGAAACCGAAAUCUUAGUUGUACCGACCAACGAUCCUGAACGUUUGAAACUUUUUCCACCUCUGGAAUCAAAAACUUUCAAAGUCGAAGGUACUGAAAUGCGAAAAUCGGCCGCUGAUGUUGUACUUUCCAGUGCAGGUUGGAUCGCUCUAAAAAUCGAUGGACCUGAUCCUGUGAACAUUCGAGCUUGGACACCACAGGGCAGAGGAAUUCAUUUACGUACUCCGUCUAUGCUCAGCAGAUCGGUGAACCUCAAAGGUUACAGAAUUCCUAACUCGCAGGUAUACACGCGAGGAAAACGAGUUUAUGUGAAAAAAUAAGAGGUAAAGACAGGUUCGAGUAUUCUGUCCUGUACAACAUUUUUUCCUCUUAUCAUUGUACUUUGAAGAUUCGUCAAAUUCGUGAGCGCGUACAGAGAGACCAGAGAUCAUAAUUUUUUCGAAAAAUGAUAAAUCCAUCGGGUUAUUUUACCCAAUAAGUAACCAUUGAAUAUCAACGCUGUUGAAAUAUAAUUUUUUUAUAUUUCA